AUGUCUUCGAAAACGAUUCUACUGAUUCUGUUGUCAUUCACGAUUACAUCGAAAGGCUGCAGUUUCAAUAAGCAUAGUAGAAGGCAGACACUUCAAAGCGACGACAAGUGCGUGUGUUCCACCGCGGUUCAUUAUAAUCCUUUGACGGAUUCGAAUGCCACCGUCGAUCCUCAUUGCGAUUGCGACUCGUCCGGCUUCGGAGUGGUGCGGACGAUCCCGUACAGUUGCGUUGCAGGUGAUUGCGACAGGAUACGCAUAGAUCUGUCCUCUGCGUGUGUCAGAUGCGGCAUGUGUAUAGCUAUCGCCGAAGAGAUUAAUCAGACUCUGUUAGACGCUUGCUAUAUAAUGAUAUUUGACGAUCGAUUGAACGAUAAGGCUGAACUUUUCUUAAGAGCUAUCUGUGACCACUCUUUUCGACAUUAUAGUUUGCGAGAAAUUAACGGCAUACGAUUCAUCUCGAAUCCGCUACCUGGUGAUAAGCUUAUCACUUCGUCCGCCGAUGGAUUAUGGGAGAAAAACUUGAGAAGUACGUGUCACGAUUAUCUCGAUGAGCUCCAAGAAUUACAAUUGUAUAGAAAUUGGAGGGAAUUGUGCGAGGAUGACGAGCGUGCUCUUAAUCUGGAAGAUGUCUUUUGCAGGAACGAGAUUAGCGGCUUACGAGACUGCAGAGGUAUAGAUAACAUACAAAAACGACAACUACCUACAAAUAUUUUCGCUGAUACUCGCCGAGAGAUUUUCGAGAAAUAUAUACAUAAUAUUUCUAGAUGACCGUUUAUAA